GCAGCCGACAGCGGUUUCGCAGGGUACGUUGUAGGGUCUCGUAGCGGCAACAAACCAAUUAAAUCUUCUCUCUCUCUCUCUCUAACUCAAAAAGAUCAACCUCCUCUCUCUCUCUCUCUCUCUCCACUCCUUCGGUCCUCUCUCUCUCUCUCUCUUCAAGAUCGGCGAAAUUCUCAGGCGAGCUAGAAUUCAGGUCAAGGAUCUUCUCUUUUCCGGUGCUUUUAGGAGGAUUUUGUGGGGAAUUUGGAGCGGAUUGGGUCGGAUCUCGUUUCCUCCAGGGUUUGGAUCACGUGGGAGGUUUUGGCGUUAAAGAUCGAGCUUACUGGAGCCGUUUCGUUAAGAAUUGCUGGGGUUUUGAUUUUGAGGCGGUAAAACCCUGGAAUGUGGGAGUUAAUGAGGUUUAAUUGGAGUGAAGCUGAAGAGUUUGGGAAUUUAAUGAGGGCAGAGGAAAUGGGGUAGCUGAAGCGGAGUAAAUUGGUGGCUUUUGUUGUUCUUUGGUGAAAAGUUUUGAUUUUUAGCGUAGUUAGUGAUUGAUUGGGGGGUUUCUGAUUGAAUUGUUAUGGCGCUCGCCGGUUCUAAUCAUCAAUCAGGAGCGAGGCUAGGCGCCUCGGUUGAUCUUUUAUACAAGGAACUCUGGCAUGCUUGUGCUGGACCUCUGGUUACAGUUCCCCGAGAAGGGGAACGAGUUUAUUACUUUCCUCAAGGCCAUAUGGAACAGCUUGAAGCAUCUACACAUCAAGGGCUUGAUCAGCAGAUGCCCUUGUUUAAUCUACCAUCAAAGAUCCUCUGUAGGGUCAUGCAUGUUCAGCUUCGGGCUGAAGCAGAUAGUGAUGAAGUUUAUGCACAGAUUACUUUGCUACCUGAACCAGAUCAAGGAGAGAUCACUAGUCCAGAUCCUCUGCUUCCUGAACCAGAAAAAUGUACAAUUCAUUCAUUUUGUAAAACACUUACUGCUUCAGACACAAGCACCCAUGGGGGAUUCUCAGUACUAAGGCGGCAUGCCGAUGAAUGCCUACCUCAAUUGGACAUGUCACAACAUCCACCUUGGCAAGAACUGAUUGCCACAGAUCUUCAUGGGAAUGAGUGGCAUUUCCGUCACAUAUUUAGAGGGCAGCCUAGGCGACAUCUGCUCACUACUGGCUGGAGCGUCUUUGUUAGCUCAAAGAGAUUGGUAGCAGGCGAUGCAUUUAUCUUCUUGAGAGGUGAGAAUGGAGAACUGCGUGUAGGUGUAAGGAGGCUUAUGAGACAAUUAAAUAAUAUGCCAUCAUCUGUUAUAUCAAGCCACAGUAUGCAUCUUGGAGUUCUGGCUACUGCAUCACAUGCCAUAUCUACUGGCACACUUUUUUCUGUCUUCUACAAGCCAAGAACAAGUCGUUCUGAGUUCAUCAUUAGUGUCAAUAGAUAUCUCGAAGCCAAAAGUCAGAGGCUGUCUGUUGGAAUGAGGUUUAAAAUGAGAUUUGAGGGCGAUGAAGCUCCUGAAAGAAGGUUCAGUGGUACUAUAGUUGAAGUUGACGACCCAGGAUUAUCUAGAUGGACAGAUUCUGAGUGGAGAUCUUUGAAGGUUCAAUGGGAUGAACCAUCAUCCAUUGUACGUCCAGACAAAGUUUCACCAUGGGAAGUGGAGCCACUUGUUGCAUCUCCUCCACCAGCUUCACAACCGGUACAGAGAAAUAAACGUGCCAGGCCACCAAUUUCUCCCUCUAGCGCCCCAGAUCUUCCUUCUCAUUUUGGAAUGUGGAAACCCCAAACUGAUACUACUAAGACUUUCUCAUUUUCGAGACUUCAACGAAACAGUGAAUCCUAUCCAUUUUCAACUCCCUCGCCUCUUUUCUCACCAACAUCAAAACCUAGUUCUGUUGGAUUCAAUGGCAACACAACACCAUCGCUAAUUCCCACCAGUCCUGGAUCUGCUGGAUUCAAUGGGAGCUCUGGACCUUUAUCAAUGUACUGGCCAUCUCGUGCAGAUUCUCAAACUGAAUCAUUCUCAGCUAGCAUUACCAAAGAACCAACUAGGAAGAAGCAGGAAUCAAACAGCGGCAAUAGCUGUCGUCUCUUUGGAAUCCUGUUAGAGAGUUCAACUACUGCAGAAGAAUCUUCACCAGUGGCUACCACUUCUGUAGUUGCAGAGGACCAACCAUUGGCUUCUCAGGACUUCGAUUCUGAGCAGCAAUCACAUCCUUCAAAUGCUAACCACUCUGAUGUCCCUGCAGUUAGCAGUGAGCCUGAGAAAUCAUGCCUUAGAUCGCCCCAAGAGACUCAAAGUAGGCAACUACGGAGCUGCACCAAGGUGCACAUGCAUGGGAUGGCUGUUGGCAGGGCAGUGGACUUAACAAGAUUUGAUGGUUAUGAGGAUCUCCUCCACAAGCUUGAAGAGAUGUUCAGCAUUGAAGGAGAGCUCACCAGUGCUGUUAAGAAGUGGCAGGUUGUCUACACCGAUGAUGAAGAUGACAUGAUGCUGGUCGGCGAUGAUCCCUGGAAUGAGUUCUGCAACAUUGUGAGAAAAAUCUACAUCUGCACUUGCGAGGAGGCCAAGCAACUGUCUCCCAAAUCAAAGCUCCCAAUCUUCAAAGGCGAGGGGAUCAGUGAUAAUUCUGAUGCUGACGCCACGAGAAACGAUUAUGACGACCAACCGAAAGAUUUACAAGAUAAGGAUUCCUGAAUGCUGAUUUUGUGAUCUCUUUGAAAUCACCAAAAACCCUAGCUCAGCUAAUCAUCAGCUUGUGGGCCAAGGGACGGGCCCUUGCUUUAACUUUUUCAAUGUGAAUUUGUUGUUUUUGUGGAGUCAUGGUUGGAGGCAAGAAAGGGAAAUAGCAGGUGUGUGGGUUGUCAUGCUUUUUUUGGAGGGAUAUGAUGUUAUCUUUUGGUUAGGCCAAGUCAGAAAGAAAGCUAAGAGUAUGGGUGUUGUCUGAUCUGUGUUUUGGUAUAACAAAAAGUAUCGGUAUUAUUAUACUCUA